AAGACAACAAGUCUACUUACAAACUUUGUCGAGAAAAUGAUGACAAUUUCAUCAUUGGUAAUCAUCUUUCUUCUUGUACUGAUCUUGCAAACUAACAUACUAGAGAGUGCGCAUGUCCGUUCCAAUGAUCAAGAUACAGUCAAGAACAACACUGAUAAUAACAACACAACCACUGGAGUAGUUAUCAAGGACAAGAAAAGAAGUUAUAGUGGAGGAAGUGGAAGCUUUAGAUGGGGAUGGGGUGGUGGCGGUGGUGGAGGAGGAGGAGGAGGCGGUGGCGGAGGAGGAGGAAGAGGAUGGGGAUGGGGAGGAGGAGGUGGUGGUGGAGGAUGGUACAAAUGGGGUUGUGGUGGAGAAGGAAGAAGAAGAAAAGGAAGAGAAGGAAGAGGAGAGUUUGUGAAAAGAGAAUAUGCAGAGUGCAGAGGAAAUGGGAAGUGUAAUGGAAAGAGAUUAAAAUGUCCUCAACAUUGUGGAGGUUUUUGUUUCUACGAUUGUCUCUUUCUCUGCAAACCACAUUGCCGUCGCUAGUGAGGUAUAUCCAUGCAUACUUUUGGGGUUUUACAAUAUUUUUUUUGGUCUAUAUGUUUGUUUCCUUUGCGUGCCUUUUUUUAUCUUUGGGUUUCUUUUUCUUUUUUACAAAUCUUUUGGAGCUUCUUGAGGGUUGAAAACGAAAAAAUAGCCAUUACACUAGGAUCUUGUUUUAUCUAAGGUUUUUUCUUUGUUUGCUUUCUGUAAUGAACUUAAAAAGUUGAUAAAGGAACACACAAGUGAGACUUUUCUUUUGCCAACGCAAUGUCAAGCCUUUUUUUUGCUCUUUCUAUAAUGAACAUCUUUUGAAAAACAAAUCUUCAGCUUGUACUAGUGUUUCUCAACGACAAUAAUUGACAUAAG